AACUGUUAUCAUAUAUAGACAGUUGCGGAUCACUGAUUUGAUGACACUAUAUGGUGCAUAUUUAAUUAAAUGACUUUGCAAUCAAUUUGAUAUUUGGGUGUGUUAUGACAUUGCAUUUAGUUGGAAACGGGACGUUGAGAAUGGCGGAGUCGAACUAAAGACCGUUGUUAUCAACAAGAAUUUUGACAUGUUCACAACAAAGAAAAUGAACGACCUGGUGAUGGUACCCUUGUUUUUGUUAGCGACAGUAAUCCACCUUACAGAAUGUAUGGUCUACCACACAGCGUUCCUUGGAAGAAAUUUUUCAGCACCAAUUGAAAAUGGAAUAUAUGGGUUUUUACAGUAUCAGGAUUUAUCAGAGAAACCAAAUGUAGUUGACGAAGUGAAUUGUACAUGGACACCUGACGGUACAAUGAUAAAAGCAUCAUCACCGGAAUGUAGGGAUCUAAUUCCUGAUGGUUUUCAACUUUCAUCGACCGGUGUCAAGGUUGAAUCUUCCGAAGAAUUUACUCUGCAUGUGUAUCAAACCGAUUCAAAAGGUAAUCUUUCCGACGGGUACCUUGCUAUUCCAGACGAGCAUCUUGGUACAGAAUACUAUGUUUCUACUUAUUGUUCGUUAGGUGGUCACUGUCAGAUUGCUGUGGCAGGUACUACCGACAGCACAUCGCUUCAGAUUGUCUUUCCCGAGCAUAUCCCACCAGGGUCUGUCACUUGCAAUGGACAAAGUAUUACCACUGGGGACCCAGUUUCGUUUAAACUAAACGAAAACGAGGUAUUGCAUAUUGAAAGCAAUGAAAGUCAAGUUGAUCUAUCAGGCACUUACAUAACAUCUGAUAACGUAAUAGCAGUGUUUAUUGGAGCACGAGAUGGUCCAGAUGACGCUUGCAUGAUUGAGCAAAUUCCUCCUGUUAACAAAUGGGGUACUGAGCUUGUUGUAGCUACAAAUGUCCUCAAUGACGCAGGUGAUGCCAUAAAGAUUAUAACCCAAAGUGCAGAUACAACAAUUCACAUCCUCAGAUAUUCCCCAUUCACAAUUUCUAACGCGGGAGACUAUGUUGAGCUAAGGAUUGACUGGGAAAUGCACAGUACUAUCGUCGCAACAAAGCCAAUCCUUGUUGUACAGAUUAUGUCUAUUGACAUCUAUAACGACACGUCCAUAGUAAAAGGAAAACCUGCCAUGGUGCUUGUACCCCACGUUGAGCAAUGGACCGACAAAGAAGUUAAGUCCGAUUGUUUUCUAAACGCAAGUGACGAUAGCAUUUUAACAGCAGUCGCAGAUUCGGACGUAGUACCAUGGGAUACCAAUAUGUUUGAUAUCACACAAACACCAAUUAAUGGUAGCGAAUAUUUUGUGGUAAAAAAUAAACCUAAGGUAGAAAUAACUGAAAGGAUAACGUCAGUAGGUGGAAUAAACCGUACUGUUUAUGGCUAUUGUAAAGGAAGGGCGGCAGUCCUUUUAGCAGCGAAUUGGUUAUGGAACAAUGAGGAAUGUUUUCGAACUCGUCCGAUGCCAGGAGACGGAGUGGAUAAUGACUGUGAUGGUAAAGUGGAUGAGGACAACUGUACAAAGGAUGAUUUAUUCGUCAAUUUUCAUUCAACACCAAACAAAACCAGCGGAGAGAUUUACUCCAAAACGUUGAUUGUAAUUGGUGCUUCACCAAUUCAUUUUAGUGUGACAACUUGUGGCGUUGCUGCAGUCACGUUUAAGGUAGCCAAUGACCAAAGGAAAUUGUUUACGGCACAUAUUUCACACAGAAUGGUAUCGUUAUUAUUGUCAUGCCCAGGCGGAUGUCCAAAUGGUAGUCACUUUCAUGACAGACAAGCAAGUAGCCCUUGCGUUGCAACUAAACAGGAAUUUGAAAUAAGAUGGAGUAUUACAGCUGAAGAUACUGAAAUUGAAUUUCUGUAUGAAAACGGUACGCUUAACAGAACGUUUGAAGUCCCAGGUGUACAACUUGACUUUGAUGUUAUGAUUAUGGCGGCAUUUUCAGGCAGUGCGAACUUUACAGUUGACUUGCCGGAGAAAAGACUGUGACAAAAUAAUAAGUGAUGAUGCUGAUAAUUAUGGCAUAGAAUUUAUAGUACCAACUUCUACAAGCACAAGCACAAAAAUAUUUCUAACAAACGCUAGCCCUACUAUAAAUGUUCAUGUUAAAGUUUAUGACAGUGAUGGGACCCUAAAAGAAGAACCUGUUGUUUCUACUUCAAGUACAUCGAUGAUUACGACC